AUGGCAGCAAUAUUAUCAUUGCUAAAACACUCUACGUGCCCCGAAAACCUAUCGUUCCAUUUCUUUUCUGUUCAUUCUGAACCUGAGCUCUCUUCCAGCAUCAAUUCAACCUUCCCUUGCCUACACUUCAAAAUUUAUCAGUUCGACCCUAACAGCAUCCGAAAGAAGAUUUCCAGGUCUAUUCGACAAGCUUUGGAUCAACCUUUGAAUUACGCAAGAAUUUAUCUGGCCGAUAUCAUACCAGACAAUGUGAGGAGAAUUAUUUACUUGGAUUCAGAUCUUAUUGUAGUGGAUGAUAUAGCAUUAUUAUGGAGUGUGGAUAUGGAGGAUAAGGUGGUGGCAGCACCUGAAUAUUGCAACGCAAAUUUUGCUCUUUAUUUCACUAACAGAUUUUGGUCAGACCCAAAAUUGGCAAGAACAUUUGAAGGGCGAAAUCCUUGUUAUUUCAAUACCGGAGUCAUGGUGGUUGAUGUGUACAAAUGGAGAAAAGAAAGAUUCAAACAAAGAAUCGAGGAAUGGAUGGCAGUGCAAAAACAAAAGAGGAUAUAUCACCUGGGCUCUUUGCCACCCUUUUUGCUUGUCUUGGCUGGGAACAUAAAGCCAGUGGGUCAUAGAUGGAACCAGCAUGGGCUCGGCGGUGACAACUUACAAGGAAAAUGUAGGAGCCUGCACCCUGGUCCGAUUAGCCUUCUGCAUUGGAGUGGCAAAGGUAAGCCAUGGUUGAGAUUAGGUUACAAGAAGCCAUGCAUUGUUGAUCAUCUGUGGGCUCCAUAUGAUCUCUACCGUUCAUCAAAACACUCGUUAGAAGAAUAA